AUGUACACCCAGACAACUUUGAAGGCUUAGCUGUGGCUGCUGAGGUCAUUGCACUGGGAAAAAAUACACCGUCUCCCUCCACUACACCGCCUCCAUUUUGAAUAGCCAUGUAAUAGGGGAUUCGCAUAGUUUGUGUGUGUAUCGCCCACUGCGCUGCGUAGUGUCAACAAGCCACAUCCAAACAUCCUUCGACAUGGACGACCUGUUCAGUCCGCGGAGGAGCCUGAACAGCACACAGGGUGAGAUAAGAGUGGGACCAAGUCAUCAGGCCAAACUUCCAGAGUUGCAGCCGCGGCCUGCUCCUGGUUUACAUUCUCAGCCAGAGAGUGAGGAGCUGAAGUGGACACCUGGGGUCAAUGACUGUGACCUUCUCAUGUACCUCAGAGCUGCAAGGAGCAUGGCAGCGUUUGCAGGGAUGUGUGACGGUGGCUCCACAGAGGAUGGAUGUUUAGCAGCCUCCCGUGAUGAUACCACACUCAAUGCACUCAACAUGCUACAUGCAAGUCAUUAUGAUGCAGCAAAAGCUCUCCAGCGUCUGGUUAAGAAGCCUCUGCCGAAGCUUAUUGAGAAAUGCUGGUCGGAGGAUGAUGUGAAACGCUUCAUCAAAGGCCUGAGACAGUAUGGAAAGAAUUUCUUCCGCAUCCGGAAAGACUUUCUGCCCAGCAAAAAGACUGGGGAGCUGAUCACUUUCUAUUACCACUGGAAGAAAACUCCUGAGGCUGCAGGAACAAGAGCUUAUCGACAGCAACGCCGACAGCCGUCCUCUCGCAAAGCAAAGACUCGCUCUGCGGCAGCUCCCGUCAACACCCCAUCGCGAAAUUAUUCAGUGGAUGCGAGUUCUGCCAGUGAGGAUGAUCUUGAUAGUGAAGACAGUGAACAGGAAAUCAAGAGCUGCAGCCAAUGCGGUACAACAAGUUCUAAGGAUUGGCACCAGGGGGGAAGAGACAACCUGUUGCUGUGCAUGACUUGUCGCACAUAUGAAAACAAACAUGGAUGUCUGCCGCCAGCUCCAAAAUCUGCAGGCGCUCCAUUCAUGUUUAAACCUGUUAAAGAGGAAGAAGAAGUGAACAGCAAGCAUGGCAUGAGGACACGGCGAAGCAGAGCACCUCAGCUGUCAUCUUUAAGAAGUGGCCACAAAAGGGUCACCAGCUGCUCUACCAGUGAGGAUCCGCAGUCCAGCAGCCAGACCUUCCCGAGUGGAGAAACUUCUAAUUCUUUGAGAUCAUCUUCCGUAGAUAAUAAGAAUGAAUCCAGCAAGAGGACAAACAAGAAGAUAAAAGAGGAGGUAACGUCACCAAAGACAACAAAACGUGUACGGGAGUGUCUUGCUCAGGAGCCUGAUGAGCCUGAAAAAGUUACACCUAAAAGGCCGAAGACACAGGAUCCACAGGGCUCCCGGUCAGAGGGAGAGGCCGAGGUAGAGGAGGAAAGCUCUUCAGAAAGCCGCAGUGCUCAGGACGAUGGCAGCAGUGACACCAAAGACAUCGAUCAGGACAACCGCAGCUCCUCUCCCAGCAUUCCCAGCCCUCAACAGGGCAACGAAAGCGACUCUGACUCAUGUGCCCAGCCGAACGGUGUCCCAUCAGAGCCUGUUGCUCCUGCUGCUGUGUUGGCUGACACACCAAUCCCACAGGCCCUCCCUUCUCAGGGCCCUCCCAUCACUCCUCAGCCAACGCAAAGCACCCCCUCUGCUGAUCCUGCUCAGAGCCCCCCUCCUUCUUCUCCAGACCCCCCCCAGCCAGCUGUUGGUCUGUCAGCUGGCACAGCAGGCCCAAACAGCCGACCACAACCCGCCUCUCACUCUCUUUCUGGUCCACCACCUCUUCCGUCAGCACUGGGUCAAGGGUCUCCUCUUUCUCCAGCAUUUCAGGUCCCGCCGGCUCUCAACUCUGCACAGUCUCUGCAGCCUCAUGGCCCGUCAACUCAGGCCCCCCAGCGACCCCCACCCUUCUUUAGGGAGUCUCAGCUCCCACAGCCUCCUCUGCCUGGCCCACAAAUCAAGCCUCCUCCUACCACUCCAAUUCCACCUUCACACAAACAGAUGCUACACCAGUCUGCUACACCUUUCCCUCAGAUGCCCUCCAAUCUCCCCUCCCCUGCUCUAAAGCCCCUCAAUUCCCUGCCCAACCAGCAUCCUCCAGGUGCCCCCCCUCCCCCUCUUCAGCUCAUGCCGCAGCCUUUGCCAAUGCAGCCACUUCCGACCCAACUUCCAGUGAUCUCACAGGUGCAGACCCACCCUGGAAAAAGCAUGACUUCCUCUCACCCACCUGCUGCGGCCUCACAUACUCUCACCUCUGUAACAUCUUCUGCUAUUGGCCCUGUCCCGAGCUUCCAGCCGUCAUUCCUGCCUCUUCCUCUGAGACCCUCGCAGGGCACCACUGCAGGAGGAUCACAAAUUCAGAUCAAAGAAGAGCCACUGGAUGAGAUGGAAGAGGCUGAGAGCCCACCGUCUCCACCUCGGAGCCCCUCGCCAGAGCCUACCAUCGUCAACAUGGCAAGCCAUGCCAGCCAGUCUGCACGGUUUAUCAAACACUUGGAUCGUGGUUACAACUCCUGUGCUAGAACAGACCUGUUCUUUACUCCACUUCCAUCCUCCAAGCUGGCCAAGAAAAGGGAGGAGGCUGUGGAAAAGUCGAGGAGAGAGGCUGAGCUCAGUGCUCGGCAAGAACGCGGAAGGGAGAAAGACAAAGAGAGAGAGAGAGAAAGGGAGGCAGACAGAAAUUCUAGAGCCUCCAGCUCCUCCCACGACAGUCGUAUGAGUGAGGCUCAGGUGACGUCUCAGGGCCAUGGACGCCCCUCCUUUGAGCAGCCGCCCACCACUGUAGCCGCUGUGCCCCCCUAUAUUGGCCCUGAUACACCUGCCCUGCGCACCCUGAGUGAAUACGCCAGACCCCAUGUCAUGUCGCCCAACAACCGCAGCCACCCUUUCUAUGUGUCAAUGAGCCCUGGCGAACCCUUGCUAGCCUACCACAUGCCACAUGGUCUGUACAGCGCUGAACCCAGCCUGAGAGAGCGAGAGCUGAGGAACCUGCGAGAGAGGGAGCUCCGCGAGAGGAUGAAGCCUGGCUUUGAGGUCAAGCCCCCAGACAUGGAAACUUUACACCCCUCAGCCAACCCCAUGGAGCACUUCGCCAGACACGGGCCGAUUGGUCUUCCCCACAUACCCGGGCCUCCCCACCCCUUUGCAGCCUUCCAUCCCGGGCUGAAUCAUCUGGAGCGGGAGAGGAUGGCGCUGGCAGGACCUCAGCUGCGCCCGGAGCUGAGUUACGCAGAGCGACUCACUGCAGAGCGGCUUCACGCAGAGAGGAUGGCAUCUGUGGCGACUGACCCUGCUGCCAGGCUGCAGAUGCUCAAUGUGACACCGCAUCAUCACCAGCACUCUCACAUUCACUCCCACCUCCACCUGCACCAACAGGAUCUCCUCGGUCAAGGUUCAAGCCCUCAUCCUCUAGUGGACCCCAUGGCAACAGGACCACGUUUGGCCCGAUUUCCCUUCCCCGGUGGCCCAAUCCCCAACCCUUUAGUCAGCGAUCUUCCUCAUGAUCAUGAGAUGCUGCGCCACCCACUGUUUGGAGCUGCAUAUCCUCGAGAGCUGCAGGGCCCGAUUCCUCAGAUGUCUGCUGCUCACCAGCUCCAGGCCAUGCAUGCUCAGUCUGCAGAGCUGCAGAGGAUGGCUAUGGAGCAGCAGUGGCUGCAUGGGCAUCACCUGCAUGGAGGCCCUAUACCGAGUCAGGAAGAUUAUUACAGCCGUCUGAAGAAAGAAGGUGACAAGCCAUCUUGAGUCCCAGGUGGUGCAUGCACUGAAACCUUACACUCAUACCCAAUAGAAUACUGUUUACUUUUGAGAGAGAAUAUUUGUGUGUCCGUUUUUUUGUUUUAAUGUAUUUUAGAAAAAUCUUUGUGGAUCUUUGUGUGCAUUCUUUGUUCAGCACUUAAUGAGACUGUCAAAGUCUGUCUUGAGAUUUUCAUAUCACUUAAGACUUUAUACUAGAUUUAUUAUCAAAAUAAUGAACAAUCUCACCCAUUCAUGUGAGAUUUAAAGUGACAGAUUUUCUCUAACAAACUGUAAAACUGUUUCAUAUGCAGUGAUAUGAAUUUGCUAAAAUCCAGCUCUUAUAAAGUAUAUGAAAACAGACUGGCUUUGGUGUUAAGUUUAAAUAUCCCUAUGAUUUCUAAAAGAUUUCCUUGUACAGAAUGGCAUUUAAAUCAGUGUUUGAAUGAUUGUAACUACCUAGCAUGACUCUUCAUUUUUCACCAAACUAGAGUAGCAAGUUGCAUUGUGGUGUUUAGACUUUGAAAGCAUAGUAGAGGUUGUAUUUACUCUUAAAUCUGCUAAAUAUUUGUCUAAAUCCUAAAGUUUUAUAUAUCAAGAUAUCUUUUCACAGUAUAACCGAAGCUUUUAUUCGCUCAUUUUUGAGAUUGUAAAUAUUACAUGUUCACAAUAUUCUAUAUGAAUGAGUACUAUUGAUAUAGCAGUAGAUGUGAACACUUGACCCUUUGAUUCAGCACGAUAGCAGUAAAUCAUAAGCUAAACCAGUAUAUGGUAUUAUAAGGUGAGAUAAUUAUUAAUUGGACCAUGAUCUGUCACUACAGACAGAAAGUUUAUUAGAAUAAUGUAUUUACAUUGUUUUGAAUUGGAGAGAAACUAAAUCUUGAGCAUUUCAAUGGAAUUUUUAAAAGAACUGCGUCUAAUUUCAAUAUUUAUGUGACAUAAUAUGAAAGUGUAUCCAUUGCAUAUUUAUUUCAAUAAAUAUUUCUGCAAUGACAACUUA